AUGGAGGGAAGUAUAUAUACAUUAGUAGAUGAAUUUCAUGAAUGUAAUAAAAUAAUAGAAAAAUAUAAAAAUUUUGACCCCAAUAAUCAGCAUGUAUCUAAAUGUAUGGAAAUUGAAACAAAUUAUUCAGGCCCAAAAGUUAUACCAUUUAUGAAAAUGUGUUAUCAAGCUAUAUCAUAUUUAAUUGAAGUUAAAAUUAGAAGAGAUAAAAUAUCUAAUGAAGCAUAUUAUAAAUACUUGUAUUAUUGGAUAUAUUAUGAAAACAAGAAAUUUGGUGAUAAGACUUAUACAAAACAAAUUUAUUAUUCAAUCUUAAAGAAAUUUCAUGAAUCAAUCCAGACUACAUUCAUUAAAUCAGAAGAAGUUAUUACUGAUAGUAUAUUGGAGAAAUUGCAGUAUGUAUAUGAUAUGAAUUCUAUACUUUAUGAUAUAAAAUGGGAUGUUACAUACUGUAAUAAAGAUAGGUGCGCAUGUGCUAAGAAAUGUGCUGAUAUAUAUAUGAGUCAAAUAGAUGAAUGUAAAUUCAAUAGCGAAUCCGAUUUUUGUAAUGCCUUAAAAACUAUUAGAGAUAAAUUUAUUCUUUUAAAUUUACCUUAUAAUUGUGAAAUUAAUUUACCAGAAAUAUUAUCGCAUUCAGAAUUUCAAAAAAAAGUGAUACAUUCACCCAAAACUUACAACAUUCGAAUUGCAUUUUUAACCACAGUUAUUCUGACCUUAUUAACAACAAUUAUUCUAUAUAUUUUUUAUAGGGUUAUUGAGAUUUUUAAAAAAUUUAGUAUUUCUUUACGCCGUUCAACAUUAAGUAAUAGAAGCUUAUGCAAUAAUAUAGAUAACGAAUUUAAUAUAUUUCAAGCAUCUGAAAAAAUCAUAUCUCUGUCAACAAACAACAGACAUAAUAUGUUAUAUUAUUCGUCAUAA